GAAUAUUCAUGGAUCUCAUUCGCUUGAGAAUUGAGGCCGGAGAUGAAUCUCUUAAAAAACACUUUGAAGAAGGACCAAAAAAUGCGAAAUACACCUCACCAGAAAGUCAAAACGAGAUAAUUGCAUUAUGUGGCGAGGUAGUGAAAGACAUGAUAAUUGCUGACGCUAAAAAGGCAUCAGCAUACAGCAUUUUGGCUGAUGAAACAGCAGAUAUAUCAGGAAAAGAGCAACUGUCAUUGAUUUUACGACAAAAGCCAAAUGAAAUUGAUCGCGCAGUCGUGAGCUGUGAACUUGAACCGAACAAAUGCGUUGGGCAAGGGUACGAUGGCUGCAGUGCUAUGACCGGAAAAGGAGGCGUUCAAGCACAUAUCCGAAAAAAAUACAAAAAAGCAUUGUUUUUCCACUGCGCAAGCCACAGAUUGAACCUUGGAUUUAAUGAUUUGAACACGGUCCCGGAAGUACGAAACACUAUUGGCACCAUCAAAGACAUAAUAAGAUUUUUCCGAGAAUCAGUGCUACGGCGAAAGUGUGCCCCGAACAUACCCGCCUUUUGUGAAACUCGUUGGUCUCAAAAACAUAAGAGCAUUGCUGUUUUUAAAGAAAAUUUCGUUGAGAUCGUGAACGCAUUACUGACUUUAUCCACCGAAGGCAAUGCAAAAACGCGAUCAGCUGCAUUUCAGCUACACUCUGCACCAACGAAACCUGUAUUUAUCAUAUGCACUUCAAUAAUUGCCAAAUAUUCGGAUAUUCUUGAGCUUGUCGUGAAUGGUCUUCAAUCUAAAAGUCUUGACCUGCUCAAAUGCAAAGACCAUCUUGAUAGAAUACCAACUGUUAUCUCUAGCCAUCGAACCGCUGUAGAUACCGUGAUUGAUGAAAUUCUAGACGAGGCAAAAGAAAUAGCGAAGUCGAUUGAUAUUGAAUUGGAUAUGCCCAGACUAACCCAACGACAGCAGCAUCGUUCAAAUCAACGUGCAUCGAGUCCAAAUGAUUAUUGGAAAAUAUCGUUGCUAAUUCCGUAUUUGGAUUCGUUGAUAUCAUCGCUUGCAAAUCGAUUCGCGUCAUCCAAUUUGCCUGCAUUUUCACUACUCACAUUGCAUCCAUACAUUGUUGAAAAAAA